AUGUCGGUACUCACAGAAUUUUUAAACUACACUUUUAAUCUUUUUUGCCUUCAAAAGUUGGAAAAAAUUUUGGCUCUCAUCAGCAGCAGGUCCCAUGGUGCCGGAAAUUUUUUUACCGUCGACGCGGACGCACCAGCAUACCAACCCGUUUCUGGAGCACUGUUUUGGCUCGUAUCCACCGGCCUCGUUGCACUGAGGAAUGUACCCGCGGCCUUGCUUCUCGGAAACGCUGAGCAUCUCGGCGAGCAUCCGGUUCUUGCGGCAGGCGCUCAGCCCGACAGGAAGCAAACAAACUCCUCCGCCGCAAGAGUCACUCUCACAGCACUUUUGCGGUCCGGAGCAGUCCAAAUCGUGCUGACAAGGCGGGCCACAGACAGCUGGCUCUUCCGGCGGGCAUUUUCCAGGUCGCUCCAAGUUUAG